AUGAGCUUCACAGCAACCAUCACGGGUUCUCAGAGCGGCCUUUCUCCGCAGCCCGAUCGCGAACAAGCGACGGGGGAGCUACUGGAGAAUGCUGCAGCGCAACACACCAAGCCUCUUUGGGCGCAGAUGGCGCGUCUCAACCCUCCUCUGCCAGACCCAAAAUGCAUUCCCCAUGUGUGGAAGUACGACAAGAUCCGACCGAGCUUGCUGCAAGCUGGAGAACUCAUCACUGAGAAGCAGGCUGAACGUCGUGUGCUGAUGCUGGUGAAUCCCAAGCGAGAAGCGCCGUUCACAACUGAUACGAUCUAUGCUGGCCUUCAGCUUGUCAUGCCCAACGAGGUAGCGCCAGCUCAUCGCCAUACCGCUUUUGCUUGUCGUUUUAUCAUCGAAGGGAACGGAGGUUUCACCGCAGUGCACGGGAAGCGUAUUCAGAUGCAGCGCGGCGAUGUCAUCCUAACUCCGACCUGGAAUUGGCACGACCAUGGCAAAGAUGGAUCCGGGCCGAUGAUCUGGCUAGAUGGCUUAGACCUCCCUAACUUUGUCCAUUAUCCGGUCCACUUUGUAGAGCACUAUGCCGAUCCAAGGUAUCCGGCUCAGAAUGUUGACACCUCGGCAUCAUCUAUCGUGUUUCCAUGGAGCCGCAUGAAGGCUCAGCUUGACGAGGACACCGAAGAAAGCACAUCAAAGCCGUACCUGAAGGCUGACGGAUCCGAGAUCAGCCGCACUUUGGGCGCAUCUGCCACUCGCAUUUCCGCCGGUAAGUCAAGCCCGCCAAUUCAGACGACAGCCUCGUCUGUAGUUCAUGUCAUUGAGGGUUCUGGAACCUCCACAAUCGCGGGUAAACAAUAUUCUUGGAGAAAGGGCGACACGUUCUGCAUCCCCUCGUGGCAUGAGUAUCAGCACCAUGCAGAUGAUGCAGACACGGUGUAUUUAUAUCGAGUGAAUGACGAGCCUAUGCUCAAAGCUUUGGGCUUUUAUCGACACAAAGGGCAGGAUGCGGAGUCACUGGUAUCGGAAUGA